CGCAUAUCAUCUUUUCCAAUACUUUGUCUGGUAUUAUAAACGCCAUAAUUUUCCACGCAACAUAUUAUCAGCUGAUCUAAAAUGACAGUUACAUCAGAUAUUUGAUAGCCAAAAGAAGAAAAUCUUAAAAUGGCUUCUACAGUUUUUGGAAAAUAAAACUUUAAUCAUUUAUGCUGGUUAUAAACAAUGUGAAACUAAUUAAGCCGUCGUUAUAAAAGGCAAAUGAAUUUACAAUGCUUUAGAACAAGUGGAUUAUGUUUAAAAACAAAUAGUUUUGUGAAUAAUGCUUACUAAGAGGGAUUGAUUAUAAGGAUUUUAGAGUGUAAGGUGAAGAAAUAGCCACUGUGUAGUUGAUAAAAUGGCUACAAUGAUGUAUCCAAGCCUCACAAAAUCUCAGAGUAUGAGAACUAAGAGAAAAUCAGCUGUGGAACUAUUAGCUGAGAGCAAGCCAUUUUAUGUAAAGUCUGAAGUGGUUAGAGACAGUACUCAGGCCCUACCAUUAAGGCCUAAUUCAAACACUAGUGCAUAUGGUACUUAUAAUCGCAGUAAGUCUGUAAAUGUAGCAGGUCAUGGAUCUAAUUAUAGAUCCACAACUCUUCCACAAUAUAUGGCUGUAUCCCCUUCGAGAUCCCUACCACCAUUGACACAUCGACGAUCAGUACAUUCCACAGCAAAUACAGAUUUGUUACAAAAUCGGCUACGUCAAUUAUUGGUAUGUGAUAGUGCAGAAGAAUUGAGAGUAGAUCAAAUGGCACCACUCAGUCCACCUGCUGAAUAUGCACAAAGAUGUCACAAAAGCCUCCCAGAUUUGCACUGCCGUGAGCCUAGCUCUAACAAGAGCAGCAAUAAAAGCCUUUCAAACAGGGACAGUGGUGGUUCCAGUGGUCAUUAUACUCAGAGAAGUGAACCUCCACCACCACCUCGACAGGAGGUGCGUCGUGAUUCUGGAUCAAGCACACAGCAUAGUGGUGGCAGCUCCUAUUAUUGUUGUCAAGAAGCAGAAUGUCGAGCUACUAGACACCCUUCACAACUUUCUCCUGGCUUAUCACAACCACCAGCUACCUUCAAGCGCCAGAAAUGUCUUCGUUAUAAAAGAGAAAGACCCAUCUUACGAUCCAAAUCAGACAUUAGCGAUCGUUACCGAAGAUCCUCGGAUCCUCCGCACCUACAACAUUUCUUCGAAAACUUGGGACUUCCUAGUGAUAUGUAUGAGGAAAUGUUGAGUCGCAGCGAUUCCUCGGAUAGUCCAGUCUUCUUCUCAGAUGUAUCGACUGUGGAUUCGAGUAGGCCGAUUGAUAAUGUAGAACAUUGUCCUUCAGCUUAUAGAUCUGGCGAUCCUCCAUCAAUCGUCGAAAGAAACGCACGAAUUAUCAAAUGGCUGUGUAACUGCAAAAAAUUGCAGUUAUCCUGAGGUUUGGACGACGGCGACGAUUACUAUGUUUAAAAUCGUUGUCGUGUUUUGAGUUUUUCGUCUUCAAUUAAAUGUUAAAGAUAUUCUUUUCUAAGUUAUAUAUAUUUAAUUGAAUACCAUUUAAAUACAAUUUUCUAUACAAGUUCGUAAUUUUUUGAAAAUUGUAGUAGAAUAGAAAAUAGUAUGUCUUUGGCGUUUAAUGAUAAUUUUGUGAAUUGAUUGAAUAGACUGUCUAUCGUUCUGUUGAACUUUUGUUACUCAGAAGUAUAUAUGAUAAUGUUUUAUAAUAUUUAUGACCGGUUGUACAAGCUUUCCAUGUAAAUAUGUAGAUUUUAAAUAUAUCUUGCGCAUUUUUUUAGAAACCAAUAUUACAUUUUUUCUACAAUAAAAAUUCCAUAACUUACACGUGAUACAAUGAUUUGAAAUAAUUUUGCUGCAAAAUUCCUGUAAAUUAGUCCACAUUUUCAAAUUGCUUUCUUAACUUAAUUCAGUGGUUGUGUUUACAAAAUUUUCUGGUUUACUGUCGUUAUAACACCCAAAAUCGAUUUAUUAUCAUUACCAUAUUUGGGCUUACAUUGAGAAAUAUUAUGUAGACAUAGAAAUAUAAAUGUGAGAACUUAAAAUUCCAAUUUUCAGGAUAAUAACAUCUCAAUAAUCAUAGUAAAAUUAAUUAUUACACAAUUUGAUUACUCUACUUUUCAGAAUAGAAAUCAAGCACUAUAAAAACAAGCCCGGAAAAUGAAGUGUUUAUAUUCAUAUUCUUACAUGUCAAAACAUUUUUGCCAAUACUGUAUGUAUAAAAUGUAGUAAUACUACAAUUAAAUAUAUAAAUCUACAUAUUUAUUUUUUUAACCGUAGUACUGAAGAUCAAGUUUGUUUUGAAUCGAUGGUAUAGUCGGCCUUUAGUAGUAUGAGGUAUUUUUUGGUAAUAUAAAAAAUUAUAAGGAUCGCAUUGUUCAACUUAGUCAUAUCGAAGUAUGUUAUCAAAGGUUUCGAAUUGAAAUUCAUGGGUAGUCUUUAAUAUUUGAUGAAAUUAAAAUAUCUUUGGCGCUGUAAUGAAUUAAAAUGUUAUACAGUGCGUUAAAAAAAUCUAAUAAUAUUAUUUGAAACAGUUCAAUUGUAGCAGAUUUUUUGUAAUGCUCUGUGUGCUUUGAGAUCGCACACAGAAAUUUUUACAUCGAAAUCACUUAGUGAAAAGGUCUUCCAGUAAAAAAUAAGACAACUUAUGCUAUUGUUAGUCAUAUUAUUAUGAUUUUUUGGAUUUAUUACGGCGUUACAGAUAUUUAUGUUUGAAAAUAGUGUUCAAUUUGGAAAUAUUCACUUGGAUGGUCAUACUCAGCUCACAGUUGCUAUAAAAAAUGCUCCUUUCACCAAUUGUAUUGAUAUACUGAAAUUUUUUGUAGUUAUAGAAACAACGUGCUUUCCUUUCUAAAAGACAGUUAAAAUUUUUUAAAAUAAAGUUGCAUAUGCAUUUCGAACUAUAUGAAUACUUAUUCCUCAAUUACUUAUGACCGUCCCAUCAUCAUCAACUGUGAACGCGAAAUCUCAAUUUUUUCCUUGUGUGCGUACUUAAAAAAUAUUUUUUUUUAGAAGUGUAAAUGUGUGAAUAUAUAAUCAUUCCUGUUUGUUGUAGUUUAGCCAAAACUGCGUUACGCCGUUUCAGUGAUAUUUUAUAAAUAUUCUAAAUAAUAUGUGUUAAAGUAGAUAUGAGUUAUAUGAGGGAUAUUCGUAAAAUAAGUUAACUUUCAAAAUAAACAUGAACUCAUAUAAAUACAGCAGUCAUCAAUUGCACAAAAAUCUACCACUUUUAUACUAUUUUUAACCUGACCCCCUUUUUUGAACUGCCCAUUCAUGACAGUAUACAAUCAUGAACCACUGCCCACAUAGACCUCCAAAUAAUCUUGUCGUGAAAAAGCUAAUUAGGGACCUUGCCUUGACCAUUUAUCGUCACUAGGCAAACUGCGAGGCUUACCUAAGUAUUUGAGUCUUAUACGUUUGAUUGUUGAGCACUCACCGAUAAUGUGGUCUACAGUUUCUUCCUCUGCCAAACACCAGUGGUAUUCCGGGUCGUUUGUGAUGCCUGUAACAUGGAGAUGUGGUCUUGAAUAACCGUAUUCGGUUAAAAGACCAUUUAAACAGAUAAGAAGGCACAUCUAAGUGUAUUUUAGCUUGUCUCAUGUCUACGUAUGGCUAUACCAAGAAUGGGCUAUGGUAAGACACUUUAAGCUGAUUUUUAAGUGUUUUUCAUAUUUUAUAUAUGUUGCAGCUGAAAUGCAUUUUUCUUGAGAAUUCGUUUUCCCUAGUUAAAACUAAUUUUUACUUAAUGCCUUUGUUAAAACUAGAAUUUACCACUGAUAUUUGAUUUUCAGAUAAAACUAGUUGUCACAUAGAACUGCAGUUAAAACUAGCACUAGAAACACUAAUUUUGGAUUGAAAACAAGAUAUAGUUUUAAAUAUACUUAUUGUAAGUAAGAUCUAAGACACCGAGAACCAAAGAAUAAUCUAACACUAAAGGAACAUUUUAGGGAACAUCGACUUAAAUUAGUUGUGGUCUACUUGUUAUUGCAAGAGAAAUUAUCGUGGCAUUUUUAAUUACAACAAUAACCAUUUUUCUUGCAGAGACACCUUUUUGACACAAUUAUUCUUGCAUACGCAGCGCAUAUAUCCUUGGCCUGUUCCUAUGGCUGCUUCCUUAACAACAGUUCUCAAAGGUAAAUUUGUAUUUGGUACAUUUUCAAGCAAAAAUUUUUCUUUGCACUUGUCAAAUUCUGACUUGAAAAGCACAUUUAAAAGGACAUAAUUAAACUUGAUGAAACAAUGAAGCAACACGUAGGUUCAUACCUGCAAUAAAAUUUAUCAAGCGUUCCACAUUUCGUGCUUAUCUAAUGAAAACCUUGAUCAUACUUUUGAAGAACCACUCCGACUAUAUUAAGUAGAUCUCCUUUGGCUCGGUAAACAUCAGAGAUUGUAUAAUUACAUUAUCACCGAUUUUUAUUGGAACGUGUAUUGCAUCUGAUGUUAAUGUCAUUAUCUUGGCCUGUUUUUUUAAGUUUUGAUGUGCAGUUUAUUUGGAUGCCCUUAUUUAUCCAUUCAUAUUGAUCACAAUUUCGUAGUCUUUGUCAUGAGGUGGUAUUAUAAAAGGCUUUGUGGUCGUAGAUGGUUCACCUUCAAUGCUAUAUUCACUUGUUUCUGAUACAAUUGGCGAUUCUCUAUUUGUUUUGGACGAACUUUCUACGUCUUUUUGUUGGACUCCAGUUAUAAUCAGAUGCUCUACCAUUGCAACUAGCUAUAGGUUCCGCGUAUUAUGUAUCAUAUUUAUUUCAUUCAACGCAUUUUCAAGAUCAUCAUCUUGUAUAUCCUCAAUAACAUUUCGAGUCAUAGUCGAAGUCAUAAGCCCUACUCGUGGUUCUAUACCAAACAUUGCUUUGUAUGGUGACUGAUUGAUUCCGGAACGAAGUACCCGAUUUUUCAUAAACUAUACAAACUGAAUACCAUUUGGCCAAUUUGUGGUAUCAUUGAAGCCAACAUUUUCUCCAUAUCUCGGUUAGCCCCUUCAACAUAUCCUUGGCUUUGGUUGUAUCUUGAUUUUUCAUGGACCAGUUUACACUCGGGCUAAAAUGAAACGAGCUCAUUUAUGUCAGAAUUUACAAAUUCUCUGCCGUUAUCGGAGUGUAAGAUGCAAGCAUACUCUUUUUGAGCCGACAAUUUUCGCACAUAGAAAAAAAUAUUGUAUCAUUUCUAAGGUUAUGUUUACAUAUUUUCGAGAAGAUUCUUUUUUCAGUCUAUCCCGACCACCAUGUCCGUCGGCCACAUGAGCUGCUUCAAUCAUCUACAUAUGAGUAGUAGUACUUACUAGUAGAUGAAGUAGUACUUCAUGGGUUCCUGUUUAGUCACUAAUUUUCGUAUACCACAAAUAUUAAUUACCUUAAAUCGCUUCGGUCUCCUGUACUGUUUUUUAGAUUUCUGAACAGCUAAUUGUGCUUCAUUAAUUUCGUCCACUAAAUUGUCAUUGGCUUCUUUUGUUAUAAUAUGAAAGUGGUCUUUUUUUUUGUGAUCACGAAUCGCUAAUAACUUGUUUAAAAACUCCUCUUUCCAUCACGUCCCCUCUUAAAAACAACGCGGGAAUGAAUGAAGCAAGCGCAUAGCGCGCGGACGUCGGUGUUUCCCCGCACUUGUCGAAUUAGGUUACGUCUCGCGACCAAUCGGAAUAAAGUACGAUGAUCAGAUGAUACAGUUUCAACUGACUCGCUUCGGAGUAACGCGUUUUGUCUAGUUUUAACUGAUAUUCGAUUUGAGCAUUAGUUAAUUCUAGUAUUAACAAAGGCAUACAUUAAAAACUAGGAAUACCGCGUUCUAUGUAAAAACUAGUUUUAACUGUUAACAUAAUUACUACAACAGAUGUAAUUUCUUAUUUUCAAACUAGAUAAAAAGUUUUGGGGCAAAUAACUGAGAAAAAAAAUUUCCUAUCUUGAAAGUAGGUCGGUUCAGAUAUAAAUACAUAAAUGACAUCUUUUUGGGGAUAAAUAUCAAUUUUUGAACGUUUUUCUUAUUUGGAAAACGAAUUACCGAUCAAAUUUAUUCACACAUGGCCGCUUUAAGUAAGUGCUGUGAUAAGCACACACCCAACUUGUUGUGGAGAUUAACAGAAUCACAACUUUACGAAUAUACCUCAUAUUUUUAUACUGCACAAGUAAUCUAUUGCUCAUAACAAUGAAUAUUGUCAUUAUUUUCUCUUUUUAUAGGUGCCACUGAAUUUGAAUACAAUUUUUUCAAGGUAUUACUUGAUAUUUAUAAACGAAGUGAGCUCUUAAGAGUUUGGACGGGUCAUAAACAAUAAAUAAUCGUAAGCUACAGGUUAACGGGAAGAAAAACCAGUCUAAUGCCAUAAAACAGGGAGCAUUUUCAUUACAUUCCAUAUUUGGAUAUGUAGCUGGAACUUACAGUGCAUUUUUUUAUAUUAAUCUUCUGCUUUUCUUCUGAAAUGACAUGGAGGUUAUAUUCAUUGAAUACAGCUACCAGUACAAAUAUUUAAAAAGAGGAAGAACUUUAAUUCUCCCAAUUCUUCAAUAUGUACUGGUUCUUCAUUGUUAAUUCCAUAUAAAUUUCUAUUAGUUGCUACUCCGGAUUAAAAUUCUCAUGAUUCCAACCACAUCUGUCUUAUAAUGAAGUAAUUAAGAAAAAAAUUCUUUCCAAAAAUCCAUAGAUCCUUCUUUACUUAUUGAGGUUGUCAUGUGAAUGCAUGUUAAAAUUGCCUAGAAAUGGAUAUUCGUUCGGAACUGGCUAACAAACCAUAUAGGAUCGUGUUUAUUGAAUUUUCUAAGUCUUGGGGUUUGGUCCAAAAAAAAAAAAAAAAUCAGUUUAGUUAUUAAAAUAGGAUCCAGAAAUUUUUUAUUUUUAGAACAUUUUUCGUGUAUAUUUUUUUCUUUCUUUUGAAAACCGCUGUCAGAAUUACCAAUUUCAAACUGAAACUUAAAAUUGAAUAAACCAUUAAUACCUUGUUUUUGGUACAUAACCUGAAAAUAAGAUAUUCGAAAAGGCGCCAGAACGUCCAAAAAUAUUCCAACUUAUGUAUAAAAAGCACUUGGAAAUAGGUACUUUUUCGCUGCAAAUAACCUAAUCAGGUCACGAACUCAUUUCUAAAAGAUUUUUGUAUAUAAAAUUGAAUCCUAAAGUAUUUUUUGGCGUUUUGGAGCCUCUUAGACUAUCUUAUUUUCAGGUAAUGUACCAAAAACACGAGAAAAAUCCAAGGAAAAUUAUUUAUUUUAAAAUGGCAAUUGGAAGGCAUUUGAAAGAAGGAAGAAAAUACACUAAUAAUGGUUAUUUGGAAUUUUGUCAAAUAUGACAAGUUGUUUAUUGCGCAUUACAUGUGUUCUUUUGAAUACCUAAAUCCGAAUAAAUAUACAGAUCAAGGUAAUUUUAACAUCUCGGAGUAGUCUUUAGUGUUUCGAUUUUUUUUGUAAAUGUAAAUAUUGACUGAUAGGUUGCGAAUCAAAUUCUUAGUAUACUUAUACAAAAUGUAAUAGAUGAUGAAAUACUAUUAUAUUUAUGAGGUUAUCACAAUUCGCAUCAUGACUGAAACUUAAUAUUUAGAUUUAUUAGAAAAAGAAUAAUAGUCCAGGAUGUCUAGACCUAUUUUGCACUUUGAAGUGAAUUGUGAUAUAGAAACUCUAAUAUUUACUCUUUAUUGAAAAUAUACUUUCUUUUUUUGUUAAAUUUAUGUGAUUAUAUAUAUAUUUUGUUGUAGAUUUUUAUUAUAUAUAUUUUAUUUCUACUCGAAUAAUUUUUAUACACAUUUAUAUUUGUGUGAUUCAAACAAAUAUUUAAUAAACGUGAAAUAGGGUAAGGUACCUAGUCAUUGGCACCUUAAGCGUAGGUGCAAAAUAAAAUUCAAAUUUCUUGACUAUGGAAUAUUUUGUUAUAUUGACUUUUUUUUAUUUAUAUACAAGAAACUUAAAGCUUUACCUAAAUGUUUACAUCAUAAAAAUAUUCUCAUGACACUUUUAACAAAAAUUUUUUUGUACAAACAUGUAAGAUUCAGGAGUUUUUGGCAUCUAACGCUAGUCAUUGGCAUAGCUAUCACUGUAGUCAUUGGCACAUAUUUAUACAAUGUUGGCACCUUGAGGAGCCAGUUAUUGGCAUCCCAAAUUUGAAAUUUUUGAACUGUGGACAACAAUGUACACUUAAAUAUAACAAAAAAUAACUGGAGUUGUGGAUAUAAUUUUUUUAUUAAUUAAAGCUUUUUGGAUUGACAUGAUUUGCAUAGAAAAUGCUCUACAUAUAGAUUGUGUUUUUUAAGACAUCGGUAAUGGUAAAUUCGAAUACACUUUUCACAUUUGAUGGCAAAAUUGGAAAUUGUAGAAUUGGAACAGCAUAUAUAACAUAACCCUUUAUUUACGAUUUUAUUGUUUUUUGGAGGACCUUGCUCUUGAGAUGUUCCAUCUUCAGAUAAAUUUUUUUCAUCAACUUUAAUUUUAUCUGUUUUAAUCUGAUCAAAAUUUUCUUUAGCGUUUUCUUCUGUCUGUUUCGUGUACUCGUUAUGUUCAAGUGCCGAUGAUAAAUUUCUGAUGUGUGUUUUCUUUUUUAACGCUUUUGCUUUUGAAGAUUUGGUAGCAGCAUUCAAUUCUCUCUUCUUUUUGUUCUCAUCUUUCUUUUUUUCUUUUUAUUUUUUUUCUUUUUGCUCGUCUUCUUGGAUUUUUUUCCAUUCGGUAGAUGUAAUGACAAAAGGUAUUCUUUCGGUUUGGCUUUUACCUUUUCUCUCUGGCGUCUGAUGCCAAAACAAAUAUUCUGCAAUCGGUUUUGUUGGGGUGCCAUUUCUUUGUUCCAUGUUAGAUGCUUCAAACUCACCUGAACAACUGGGAGAUUGUAAAGAUCGUUCAGAAAUAUUUUUGGACUCAAUGUCAUUGUGAUUGUAUUCAUUGUCAAGUGAGUUGGAUUCAGUAUAGUCGUCUCGUCCUAGUGUUAUAUCCUCAAGAAUUAUAAUUUUUUUGUUUACACCAGCAGAUGAUGUAGAUGGUUGACAGAAAUCUGCGCUGAUAAUUAGCAUUUUAUAUAUUUGUUCUUCUGUAAAUGGAAGUUGCUCUUGCAGUUGGGUAGGCUCUGCUAAAUCUAUAUCAU